AGAUUGUGGAUCAAUGAGCUCCAGAAAAUCUGAAAAGAUGGGUGAGAAUCUGGCAAGUGAAAGUGAUCUCCUGUCGAUGAUCAAUGAGUAUCUGAAGUUUGGCGAAUUUGAUGAGACUGCGAGAGUGUUUGAAAAGGAAAUCAAACGCAAAGGAAAACCUGCCCUCAAAAGCUGCGGAGCGUCACGCCGAGACUCCAGAACCGCCAUCAUCCAUGAUGAUUGCCUCAGCUCAUUUAAUGAUGGAGACUAUAAGGUAUUCUCUGAGCUGUGGGCUAAACAUAUCCCUGCAGAGAUCCGGGAUCGUGAUCCAGCGGCACAGAAACUGGAGUUCUACUUACAAAUUCAUUUCACGAUAUACCCACUGAAAUCACCUGUAGGAAGUCACGAUAAAGGAGAGUUUGAGAGCAGGAUCACACAUUUUAAACAGUAUCUGGAGACCAGAGGGGCGGCGCUGAGCCAGACCACUGAGUUCCUGCCCUUCUACGCCCUGCCGUUUGUGCCCAAUCCCACGGUGCACCCGUCCUUCCAGGAGCUCUUCCAGGAUUCCUGGAUGCCAGAGUUGAGAGAAAGGCUGGAGAAGUUUCUUUCAGUGACUCUGAAAGCGUCAAACAAACCAAGGCUUUUGACUUUAUAUACCGAUGGUGGAAAAUGCAACAAAGAAGUGAUUCAGCAAAUGCAGCUCCAUGUGACCGAGGCAGAGAGGAGGGCCACCGUCUACAUGAGGAGAUUCGCUAAGCUGCAGGCCGACCAUCACAACCUCAUCGGCGUCACGGCCGAGCUGGUGGAUUCACUGGAGGCCACAGUCCGUGGGAAGAUGAUCUCCCCCGAGUACCUGCAGGGUGUGUGUAUGCAGCUCUUCAACAGUCACAUGAGACAGAGCGCUGCUCAGAGUGCAGACUUCACCAGACCCGGCACUGGAUAUUACUCUAUGAGCCCUUAUGAUGAUGGAUAUGCAUCCUCACUGCUGCGGGCAUCUGUCGCACCUCAGAGACCCAAAGACGUGCCGUUGCUGCCUUCGCUCGACUACGAGAAGCUGAAGAAAGACCUGGUGAACGGAUCAGAUCGACUGAAGGCUUUGCUGCUUCAAGCUUUGCGCUGGAGGUUGACUCGAUCUCUUCAUGGUGAGCAAAGAGACACAAUUCUACAGGCCUUCAUCAGCAAUGAUCUUCUGGAGCGGUACAGUACCAAACAGAAAACCGUUCUUCAUCUAAUAAAAUCCAAAAAUGAGAUUGUCAGACAGUAUAUGGCAAGACUCAUCAAUGCCUUUGCCUCAUUGUGUGAUGGGCGCAUGUAUCUGUCUCAGAUACCCUCUUUACUGAGGUUUCUGCUUGACUGUCUGAAGAAUGAAGAGAAAGAGUCUGUAACUCGAGAAAACGUGCUUGCAGCGCUGCAGAAACUCAGCCUCAGGCGAGCGCAACAGUCUGCUAUGAUCGGAGAUGGUCUGAUAGGCUGGUUGGUCAAAGAGCUCCACGACUCCGACUGUCUAUCCGACUACACACUUGAAUACGCCAUCUCCCUCCUCAUGAACCUCUGCCUGCGCACUCAAGGAAAGGAGAAGUGCGCGGAGGAGGCCAAGCACGUCCUGAAAGUGCUGACGGAGCUCUUGGGACAUGAGAACCAUGAGAUACGGUACUAUGUGAAUGGAGCUUUAUACAGCAUCCUGUCCAUGCCAGAGAUACGAGAGGAAGCGAAACAGAUGAGUUUGGAAGAGACCCUAUGCUGUUACAGUAAAGAAGAAAACCCUGAACUCAACAGACAAAUCGAAUUCAUCAUCAAACUGCUUAACUCGGCGGACAUUCCUGAGCAUGAACCUGAGUCGGGCGAUGAAGAGGAUGAUGACGACGACGACGAUGACGAGGAAGAUGUUAUGGAGGCAGACCUAGAUAAAGAGGAAGUCCUGCAGUCUCAGCCAAAAGAGCUCAGUGGAGAGUCUUUACUCACAACCGAGUAUCUUGGGAUAAUGACCAACAUGGUGAAGAUGAAGAGAAGAUCCUAUCCUGCAUCAUCUCACAGCAUAGACGAGCCCCUCCAGCGGCCGGUUACGCCCAGUUCUCACAAAAACUCCAUAGCUGGUGGGGACGGAGCGUACCCCGUUACCCGACUGAGAAGUGAAGAAAGCCCCGCCCACUCUCGCUUCAGUUCCCGCCCCCCCACUCGCACCGGCAGUCGGCCCAGCACUGCUGAAUCCAUGCACCAGACACUGGCCUCCGAUUCUGAAUGCUGGCGUUCCUCUGUGGAAUCGGGGCUCACGGGGUCCCCGGAGAGACGUGUGCCUCCACCAGGCCAGGACAACACCAACGGCCAAUCCCACAGUGGCCAGACCGUGGGCUUUGCAUGCCGGCCAAAGAUUCCUCGCACCCCUGACAGUGACGCAGGCAGCACUGGCAGGUCUCGCCUGGCCCCCCAGUUCUCCAACAGCGAGCCCCAGCAGAGCGCCAGCCGGCCCGGGUCCACGGGGGGCUCCGGGGGGCGGCCCAGCCAACUGAGCAGCCAGUUGAACAGAAAGUGAAAAGGGGAAGCUUUCAGCAGAAGCCUAUCGGCAGAGGAGCAUCCAGCUUCCUGUAACAGCAUCCAAAUUGCUUAUCAGGCCGUGGGCCUGUGGAACAAAGCUGAGGAUUGUGGCUCCUAAGGACCUUUCAGCCCCUGCCACAGAGCGCCUCUGUAACACAACACACUUCAGCAAUCAUCACAACAUGUACUUUCAUUAUCCCACAACCUUCCAAACGCCUGGUGCUCCACGCCGGCUUUGUUACUCGUGAACCUCGACCACCCUCUCUCAGAGGAAGCAGAUGUAUUUAAAAACAUAGAAGAAUGAAGGUGUUUUCGGUCAAUGUUGAUUGUGUUUUCUGUAUCGCACUCGUUUGUAUCGCAGCUCAUGUAACCUUGUUUCAGCUAGCUUGCAGAGUCGUAAAACUUUGAAUUCACUUGUAGUUUGUUUUGCAUGAUUGUGCUGUGUAAAAUAGACCUGAUGGAGGAAACUAACACAGGUAACUUUGAACAACCAGAUUGAUGUUUGGAUAUGUAUUUUGCCAUUUAAAAAUUUGCUUUGCGCUUUAAAGUGUUUUGAAGUCAUAGAUUGUGAAUAUUUUUUUACAUUAAAUAUAAUACAUUUUAUAUAAAAAGAAAAGUCCUUUUGUGUCAUAUU